CGGUCCAAGUCCAACUCCAACCGGCGCGAGGGCGAACCAACCGUGCCGGCAAAAAGGAAAAAAAGAAAAUAAACCAAAACGCCUGCGGUUUCAGCGGAAACUCAAGUUUCCAUUGCCAUUCAUCACCCCCUCCAUCCCCAAGUGCAAAGGGGGGCAGGCAGAAGGAGAGCGCGCGAUGCCCGACGCGAUUCCGGCCUGCUUCCGCGCCGCGGCGGCGCCCAGUGGCCGGGCGUCGCCCGCGCCAUCGGGGUCGGGGUCCGGCUCCGGGGCGGGGACCAGCCUGGCCACGUCCGUCUACGACACGCGCCUCGGCCUGGCCACGCUGUCCUGGUCGCGCGCCCCGCUCGGGCUCAGCCUCCGCGCCGUGCUCCGCGUCUCGGCGGGCCCCGCGCCCGCGCCGUCCCCGUCGGCGUCCGACUACGGCGACGGCGAGGUGGAGUACGACGACGAGGAGGAGGAGGCGACGGUGGCCGUGCGCGUGCGGCCGUGGCUGCUUUGGCGGCGGCGCGGGUCCAAGCGCUUCCGCGUGCGGGACCGCCGCGUGGACCUGGCCUGGGACCUCUCUCGCGCGCGCUUCCCGCCCUCGGGCUCCCCGGAGCCCUCGUCGGGGUACUUCGUCGCCGUCGUGGUGGACGGCGAGAUGGCGGUCGUCGCCGGGGACAUGGCGGACGAGGCCUACAGGAAGACCAGGGCGCGCCGCCCGGCGGGACCGGGCCCCGUCCUCGUCUCGCGCCGCGAGCACGUGUCCAUGCGCGACGGCGCCGGCGGUGGCGGCCGCUGCCACCGCACCUGCGUCGUCGUGCGCGGCAGGGAGCGGGAGAUCUCGGUGGAUCUCGUCUCGCGCGCCCAGGGCCAGGGGCGGGAGCGGGACAGGGCCGAGGUCGGCAUGUCGGUCUCCGUCGACGGCGAUCGCGUGCUCCACGUCCGCCGCCUUCGCUGGAAGUUCCGCGGCACCGAGAGGGUGGACCUCGGCGGCGGCGACCGCGUCCUCGUCUCCUGGGACCUUCACAACUGGCUCUUCCCCGCGCGCGACGCGUCGCCCCCGGACGCAGCCGCCGCCGCACCGGUUCCACCCGCGCAUGCCAUCUUCGUCUUCCGCUUCGAGCUCGCCGACGCCGGCGAGGAGCGUGACCCAGCCGACGCCAAGGAGGAGGAGCUGCUCGACAAGGCCGGGACAGGCGGAGGCGGCUGGCCAGGAUACGUCAGUGGGUGGGGGAGAGGGGACUGGAGCGAGAGCAGCAGCAAUGGUGGCGAGAAGCGGAGGAAGAGGGGGCAGGCGAGCAGGCUGGCCAAGGCCAGUUCCUCCUCUUCGGCGUCAGUGGCGUCCUCCUCCGCGUCAUGGGCGAGUGGCUCCACUGUCAUGGACUGGGGCAGCGCCGAGGAGGCCCAGCUGCAGAGCGGCGACGGCUUCUCCCUCCUCGUCUACGCCUGGAAGAACUAGUGUGACGGGCUAGCGGCGGCAAUUCAGUGAACCGGCUUUGGUUCUUAAUUCAGUGAGGAUUUCUCUUCCCAUUGUUGUAAGUUGCAAUUGUUCAGCGAGCAAUGUUCUUGUGCAGUUUUCAGCGGUCCACUGACCAAGCUAUUUUUACCCUUCCUUCCAUUGACAACCAGAGAAAAUGACCAUCCUGUGUGAUUCACAGUCCAUCAAAAUCCGACACAAACCAUUGGUCUGCUCC